UUAAACAGAAAUAUAUAAAUAUUAAAUAAAAAAGAAAAUAAAACCUAUAAAUAGACGUACAUACAUCUUACAUAACCUCAUAUUAGAGAAACAGAACAAAUCCUAAAGAAACGAAAUGAUGUCAUUUUUCUCCAUAAUUUCUCUUCCGAUUCUUCUCCUCUCUCUCUCGUCGGCGGUUAUCUCGAAUGGAGAGUCUUUCCAGAAACUUCCGGUGCCGGAAAAUAGGUCAGGCCCUGAAGCUUUCGCCUUUGACUCCACCGGAAAAGGGUUCUACACCGGAGUCUCUGGUGGUAAAAUACUCAAGUAUACUCCUGAGACGGGUUAUGUCGAUUUUGCACAGAUCACAGAAUCAUCGAACUCGUCAUGGUGUGAUGGAGUCACUGGGACGGCUUUAGCCGGAAGAUGCGGUCGACCUGCAGGGAUAGCUUUCAAUGAGAAGACAGGUGAUCUCUACGUCGCCGAUGCUCCGUUGGGUCUUCAUGUUGUUUCUCCCGCAGGUGGCUUGGCUGUAAAAAUCGCCGACAGUGUUGAUGGAAAGCCCUUUACAUUUCUCGAUGGUCUUGACGUUGAUCCAACUACUGGUGUCGUCUACUUCACCUCCUUCAGCUCACGCUACUCCCCAAUCCAAGUGUUGAUUGCAUUGGGAUUAAAGGACGCGACAGGAAAACUCUUCAAAUACGACCCAUCAACAAAGGUCGUGACCGUAUUGAUGGAAGGUCUAAGUGGCUCAGCUGGCUGUGCCGUGAGCUCAGAUGGGUCAUUCGUGCUAGUUAGUCAGUUCACAAGGAGUAACAUCAAAAGGUAUUGGAUCAAAGGACCUAAAGCUGGUUCAUCUGAAGACUUCACAAACUCGGUCUCGAACCCUGACAAUAUCAAGAGGAUUGGUUCUACUGGAAACUUUUGGGUGGCUUCGGUCGUGAACAAGUUUGUCGUGCCUACGAACCCAUCAGCAGUCAAAGUCAACUCUAAUGGUGAAGUGCUUCAGACUAUUCCUCUAAGAGAUCAAUUUGGGGACACUUUGCUUAGCGAAGUUAACGAGUUCGAUGGUAGUUUAUAUAUUGGGACUCUCACUGGUCCUUUUGCUGGUAUUCUUAAGCUUUAAAUUUGUUUAGACCUCCGAUGUGAGGCCGCCUGUGUUUACCAUAUAUGUGAAGUUUGUAUUUAUAACUGAAUGUUGAAAGGUCACAACUAUGUGUGGCCUGUUUGUAUUUAUAUUUAAAAUAAUAUGUUUUUAUUCUUUCAAAUUCAGCCUAACAGUUUUAUUUUUUAAAUAAGAAAAAACUUAUAU